AUGAGGACCGCAGCUUACACAUCCGCUUGGCUCGCCGCCGCCCUUGUUAGCGCGCACGGCGAUUCCGCUGGUAUGCCGAGGCUCCUCGGCCGCCAGGCUCAGCGUCUUGGUCUCAACCCCGUCCACACCCGUGCCGUCCCGCAAGUCCACCCACGACAAGCCCGCGUGGCAACUGCGGGAGGACCUGUCGUUGAGAAGCGUGCCGGAAUCCAGUCUGGCUUCCAGUGUGGUCCCGGCUUCGGCAGCUGCGCGGCCGGCCUUUGCUGCAGUCCCGAGGGAUGGUGCGGCAACGAGGUCACGUCCUGCCAGGCCCCUGACUGCUUGUUCCAGUACGGGCCCGCCUGUGACGCCAACCAGACGCCCGCCGGCAAGUCAACCAUCAACAUCUCCCGCACUGCCGUCGGCAGCGUGCCAUAUGGCGGCGCUGGCAUCUACGACUGCGUAUCAAACGGUGUCAUGGCUCUGACGUUCGACGACGGGCCGUUCAUCUACACCGAGACCAUCCUCGACAUUCUCAAGUCGUACAAUGCCAAGGCCACAUUCUUCAUCACGGGCAACAACAUCCACAAGGGCGCCAUCGACACGCACUGGGCUUCAGUCAUCCAGCGCAUGGCCGCAGAGGGCCACCAGAUUGCCAGCCACACGUGGUCGCACCAGAACCUGACGGCUCUGACGAACGCGCAGCGUCAGGACCAGAUGGUCAAGAACGAGAUGGCGUUCCGCAACAUCCUCGGCUACAUCCCAACCUACAUGCGCCCACCAUUCUCCGAGUGCGACACGGCAUGCGAGACCCAGCUCAAGAAGCUGGGCUACCACAUCACCUACUUCGACCUCGACACGGCCGACUACCUCAACGACUCGCCGCUGCUGAUUCAAAACUCCAAGAACAACUUCGACAAUGCCGUCAACGGUCAGGUCGUGAGCCAGAGCGACUUCCUGGUCAUCAGCCACGACAUCCACGAGCAGACCGCCCACAACCUGACCGCCUACAUGCUGGAGCGCAUGAAGACCUUGGGCUACCAGGCCGUCACCGUCGGCGACUGCCUCGGGGACCCUCAGGCCAACUGGUACCGCAACGCUGGCGGUGCCAACCCCCAGCCCCAGACCGCCUACACUGCUCCCUCUACCUCGACCACAGCCUCCCCCCGCACCGCAACGUCGGCCACCGCCGUGCAGGCCAGCCCCACUGGAACCCUCAAAGUCUCUCCUGACGCCAGCUGCGGUGGCAACACCGGCAACACCUGCCAGGGUUCCAGCUUUGGCAACUGCUGCUCCGUCAACGGCUGGUGUGGAUCCACCGCCGACUACUGCGGUUCCGGAUGCCAGAAGUACUUUGGUAGCUGCACCUCUUCUGGGUCCGGGUCCACGCCCUCGUCGUCGGCUGCUGCUGCAUCGACGUCGACUGUCACAUCUUCCAACAAGGUUUCGCAAGACGCGACCUGCGGUGGCAACACGGGCAACACCUGCCAGGGCUCCGCAUUCGGCAACUGCUGCUCCGUCAACGGCUGGUGCGGAUCAACUACCAACUACUGUGGUUCUGGAUGUCAGCGUGGCUUCGGUACCUGCAACUAA